UCUUUUGUUUUCACGUUACUCGACAUUUAACCCGUUUUCUACUUCAUUUGAAAGUUCACCAAGACCUAGUGUUAUUCAACCAGAGCAAAAAAGAAGUCAACCACAGCCACCCUCACAACAACCGUCACCUUUAACACGCGCCGAUACUUCUUUACCAGGAGGCAGCAACGAUACAGUUAUUAAGAACAAAAAUCAGAAUAGUAAUAGUGGUGCAUCUCUUUAUAGAAGAAACCCUAAUUCUCCAAGAGCUACUCUUUAUCCUCCAUUAGAACAGCAUGUUUCUUUUCAAAGUAAUAAAAGCACGGGCGGCGAUGGAUUCUCAGCAGUCCCAUCAUCAAUAUCAAAAAAUACAUACACGCAUCAUCUUCCAAAAAGUAGUUAUAUGCAAAAGCUUAUCGCAAAUCAGCAGCAACCGCCUUCACCACAUCAACAAUAUGGUCAAAAGUCAUCGUUGCCGUCCACCAACUUUCAAAAUAAUCCACGAAUAGAUCCUAAAAAUGUAAAUUAUAGGGGAAAUAAUCCUAAUAAUGGUGGACCUACCAAUAAUAGUAGACCCAAAUGGUCUCAGGAGGAGUACAAUCUAUUGGCCAAAGCUGUAAGUGAAGUAGGCACGAGGUGGGAAACAAUAUCUCGUGAUUACUUUAAUAGGUUUAAAUCUGCUAGAGCUUGUAGCGAGGCGUGGGCGAGAGUACUUGCAGGAUUUAUAACCCGAGUUGCUGAUAAUUAUCCAGUUUCAGCGUCAAAUCCAGAACUUCGAUUUAACAAUACCGAUCAAAUGCCGCAAUAUAACAUGCCAUCGAAUCCUGGUCCAAUGCCAAUGCCAAUUUCAGAAUCAAAUUCAGGACAACAAUUUCAGAAUAUGCCAUCAAAUUUUGAUCAAAUGCCACGAUAUAACAGUUACAUACCAUCAUAUCCUGGCCUAAUGCUAAUGCCAACGCCCGGAUCAAAUCCAGGACAACUAUUUGAUAAUAUGCCACCAAAUCCUGGUCAAAUACCACGAUAUAGCAAUAAUAUGCCAUAUUUUAGCCCAAUGCCAAUAACAAUGCAAAUUUCAGAAUCAAACCCAGGACAACGAUUUGUCAAUAUGUCACCAAAUCCCGGUCAAAUACCACGACAUAGUAAUAAUAUGCCAUAUUUUAGCACAACACCAAUACCAAUGCAAAUUUCAGAAACAAACUUCGGACAACGAUUUGCCAAUAUGCCACCAAAUACUGGUCAAAUACCACGAUAUAGCAAUAAUAUUCCAUAUUCUAGCCCAAUACCGAUGCAAAUUUCAGAAACAAACCCCGGACAGCGAUAUGACGAUAUGCUACCAAAUCCCGGUCAAAUGCCGCGAUAUAACAAUAACAUUUCAUCAAAUCCUGCCCCAAUGGCAACACCAACUAUAAACAUGUGGACCAGUGACGAAAUUGAUAGACUGCGCAAAGGGGUUGAGAAAUACGGUAAAGAUUAUUUUAUGAUUUCCUCGAAGUGUUUCCGUUUCAGAAGGACUCCAUUAGCAUGCCAACUUAAAUACGAACGUAUAGAGAAUCUAAUAUCGAUAGCAAAGUUUAAAUCUUACGAUAAGACCAAAACAGGAAAAACAAAUAAAAGUGAUUCGUUAGAUGUGCGUCUCGGUGAAUUACUUGACAAAAAAUUGCAACAAAUAACAAGUAUUCUCGGAAAACCAGCAGAGAAAAUACAAAUAAUGUAUUACACACCUUCAUCUUCAAGCAAAGCUUGGACAAAAAAAGAGAACAAUAUACUUUUUGAAUCUGUAAAGGAAUUUGGUGAUAAUUGGCCCAAAAUAUUAGAAAGAUUACCUGGACGAACAUUAACAUCCGCAAAAAAUCGUUAUGGUGAUGUAGUUUGGACAUUAAAAGAAAUCACUGCAUUUGAAGAAGCCAUUUCAAAAUACGGACAAAAUUGGGCAAAGAUAGCUGAAAACGUCACUACGAAAACCGCAGGACAGUGUUGGUCAUAUUGGCGUCGAUCAACUGGCGCAGAUUUAAAUGAAUCAGAGGAUAGUUCAGCCAAUCCUCACCAAGCGCAUAUUUCAAUUCUUUUUCCCGAAGGACCACCUAUGGCACUGAAGUUCAUUCGACAUCACAAAUGGGAAAUUUUUACUCAAGAAACAAAUACAAUCGCUUCUACUACUAAGUUGAAUAAUCCAAAUGAGGAGAAUGGCAAGUUGGAAGAUGAUGAUCAAAAUGCAUUAUAUAUAUUUAAAGGCAAUGUCGUCAAACCUAUAGAUGAAAAAGAUAUAAACAAUAUAAAGGAAACUACCUUUGUGUAUAGUGAAGAAGAAAAAGUAGAGAAGGAACAAGGGAACUUAGAUUUGAAAGGGCAAGAUAAUGACCUGUUUCUCGAAAACGGUGAGGAUUUAAAACAAAAAGAACAUCAUGAAUUAGGAGGGCACGAUGAUCUCGAAUUAAAAAGGGAAGAUGAUCUUGAAUUGAGAGGGGAGAAGGAUAUGAAUUUAAGAGUACAAGAUGAUUAUCUUAAUUUAAGAUACGAAGACAAGUUGGAAUUGAGAAGUGAAGAUGACAUCAAUGCAAAAGAGGAAUAUCAAAACUUGGGACUAUGA